CGAAACUGUAUUUCUCACCGAACCUAUUCUGUUCUGUUCUGUCGUGAGCCAAACUCGUCGCCAACAAUCAAACACGUUAGAAUCUAAAAGAUUACAAAGAUCAAGAUGAAAACCAAAACCAAAACUCUGGAUUCAUUCCUGCGGUGGAUUUGACCUUUCUGCUCAUUCCUUCUUUAUUUAUUUCUCGACGGGAUUAGACACAGAAAGAUAAGUCUUACUAACCUUGUGUCUUUUUUUGUAACACGUUUCGAACCAUAAACUUAUUAGAUCUUCAAUAUCUAUUACAUUAUCCAAAUAUAACCAUGAAAUUUGAGCAAACUACUUGCAGAUAAUCUCAAUAAUAUAUCUUAUUACAUCGCAACGCAGCUUUGAACCCAAAUAAAAAACUACAAGAAAUUAGACUGUCCUAAGAAGAUCAACUUAAUUAGAUUAGCAACCGACAAGUGUGGUUAGCUGGAGUUCACAGAUUCUAAUAAUUGAAAAGGACCAUUAUAUAUUAGCGAAUCCAAGUUUAUCAUCAUUAUAUAUGAAUUAAAUAUAAAUGUAAUCUACAUGGACAAACAAUACUUUCACUAUCAGAAGAAGAUCCAACUCAAAUAUAAUUAAACGUCAAUUAAUUUAGUCCACUUGUUCUAUAAGCAAGUUUUUUUUUUCGUUCCCCUUAUUGUUUUCCUCACUAAAUAGUACAUAAAACUGUUUACAAAAUAACUCUUACAGCCAACGAGUCUCAUAGAUCGAGAAAAUAAAAAUCAAUAGUAUAAGAUUCAGAAAAGAUGAUGACUUAAAUGUUGACAAAACAAGAAAGACGAUAACCUAAAUUAAUAAAUGAAUCAUAUAAGAGCCUCUGAAAUCUCACCAACUCUUUCUGUAUCUCUCUCUCUCCCUCUCUUCCAUGUCAUUACUUACUUCAUCUCUGUUUUUCUCCUCUACCUCUACCUCUUCUACUAUUCUGGUCUUUCUCUUACACACGCAAAUAAGCAUAUAUACACACAAUCACUUCAAAUUCUUGAUUACAUGAUUACAUGAUUUCUCGGUUUCUUUUUUCUUUUUUGCCUUUUCUGCUGAACCCUAGAGAGUAGUUUUCUGUAUUUUUCAUUUUGAGUUUUGUAGUCUAAUGGAUCUAACAGACCGUCGUAACCCUUUUAAUAAUUUUGUCUUUCCGCCGCCGCCGCCGCCACCGCCAUCAACGACUUUCACAAGCCCUAUUUUCCCACAAACAAGUUCCACCGGCACGAACUUCCCCAUUCUCGCAAUCGCAGUGAUCGGAAUCUUAGCCACUGCGUUCUUGCUUGUGAGUUACUACAUCUUCGUGAUCAAAUGCUGUCUUAACUGGCACCAAAUAGACAUCUUCCGCCGCCGCAGACGAAGCAGUGACCAAAACCCUCUAAUGAUAAACUCUCCUCAUGAGGUCAACAAAGGACUCGACGAAUCCGCCAUUAGGGCAAUCCCAAUCUUUAAGUUCAAGAAGAGAAACGUUGUUGCAGGAGAAGAAGAUCAGGAUAAGAGCUCUCAAGAAUGCUCUGUUUGCUUGAACGAGUUUCAAGAAGACGAGAAGCUACGGAUUAUUCCAAACUGCUGCCACGUGUUUCACAUUGACUGUAUCGAUAUUUGGCUUCAGGGGAAUGCGAAUUGUCCCUUGUGUAGAACCAGCGUUUCUUGCGAUGCAAGUUUCCCUCUUGACCUAAUCUCUGCACCGAGUUCUUCCGCGGAGAACAGCUCUCCUUCUAGGAACCGGGAUCUUGAACACGGCAUGGUUUUAGGAGGCGACGAUGACUUUGUCGUGAUCGAGCUUGGGGCCAGUAAUGGUAAUAACAAUUACAGAGAAAGCGAGAGAGACAGAGACUUCCGUACGGAACAAGAAAGGGUUGCUUUGGACGAGGUAUUGACCGGAAACACCCCAAGAUUGAUCAGUCCUUCGCCUAGAAACAUUGAUAAUCGCGCAAUGCAUAGGAAAGAGAGAAAUUUUCAAAAAGUGAUGAGUAUGGGAGACGAAUGUAUCAACACUCGAGGCAAAGAUAUGCAAUUCGGUGAAAUUCAGCCCAUAAGAAGAUCGAUCUCAAUGGAUUCAUCAGCGGAUCGUCAGCUGUAUCUCGCUGUGCGAGAAGUGAUGAACCGGAGAAAGGAGCAGAUUCCUGUGGCAAGAGACGGUGGAGGUUGUACGGAAGAUAGUAGCAGUAGUGGACCUAGUGGUAAUAACAGAGUGAUGAAGAGAUGUUUCUUCUCUUUUGGAAGUAGUAGAACUUCAAAAAGUUCCUCAAUAUUAUCCGUCUAUUUGGAACCCUAAUUGUCUUUCUCUUCUUUCUUUAAUUUUUAUAUU